AUGAGAAAUGAUAAGCCAAGAGAAAUUGGGUGGUUCGUCACAGUCGCAGUCUCAGUCGGGAGGAGGAGUGGGAGUGGUGGGGAAUCAGUCCAGCCCUACACCCACUCAAAAUCAGCUGAAGGAAAAGGAGCUGAACAAUCGAAACUCCCUCCAACCGUUCGCCACCCCACCGCCCCCACCUCUCUGUACAACCCCACCCCUGCUCCUCCUCUCUCUCCCCCCUCCACCGCCCCACCACUCCCCCCACCCCCACCUCCCCCCAAUUCCCAAUCCUCCCUCCAACUCUACGACGACCACAAGCUCGACUCUUCCUGUUCAUCCCUCUCCUCUUCAACAGAGUACUCGAGCAAACCUCUCCCUCCAGCCCCACCACUUCCAUCCUCCAACAUUUAUCGACCCCCUUCCAUCAACGGGUCCGUUCACAACGGGAGCAUCAAUGGGGAGAGUCCGACGCCAAGUGUGGGAGCCGCCGGAAGGAGCCAACAACAGAGCCCCGUCACUAUUAGUCAAAAUGGUGGGCCGGUUAUUAGUAAUGGGGCGCAGGGAAGGAAUCGAGGGAUCGAGUACCGUGCUCAGCAUCCCCCCCUCGGUCCAACAACUCCUCCGCCGGAUCGACGCCACACCACCCUCCCCCCUCACCCCACCCCUCACCACGACCCCCCAACCUACAACAACUACCCACCCCACCCCUCCCCCACCCCGUCCUCCACUUUAUCCACAACCUCCACCUCAUCCUCCACAUCACCCACGUCACCAAAACCUACGCUAUUAAUAAAAUCCAUCCCCGUGGCGAAACCAGUGUUACAAACAGCGACGGGUUUAAUUAACUCUAAUCUAGCCCCUCCACUGCCACCCAAACCAAAUAGUAGCGUUAAAAAGUUGCCCGCGUUGCCUCCUAAAAAUAGUAAUAAUAAGAAUUUGGAGAGGUCACCGUCGGAGAGGCAGCAGGGGCAAGGGGGGCAAGUGGGGGAAACAUCGUCACUGCCUAAGAAGCAUACCCACGAGAGCCCGAUUCCGGAGAGGAAAAAGUUGUCAAGGGAGAUGGAGGUGGAGCGGAUGGAGUCGAAGGUCCGCGUGUACAGCCCGCAGGCCUUUAAAUUUUUCAUGGAGCAGCACGUGGAGAACGUGAUAAAGUCGCACCAGGAACGGCUCCAUCGGAGGAUGCAAUUAGAAUCCGAAAUGGCCAAAAUCGGGCUCAGCGAAGAAGCUCAAACCCAAAUGAGGAGGAUGUUAAGUCAAAAAGAGUCCAAUUACAUAAGACUAAAACGUGCCAAAAUGGACAAGUCGAUGUUCAAGGUGAUUCGGACGAUAGGCGUUGGUGCUUUUGGUGAGGUUGCUCUCGUACAAAAACUGGAUUCUCAGCCCAGGUCGCUCUACGCCAUGAAGACGUUGAGGAAAAGCGACGUCCUCAGAAGGAACCAGGUCGCCCAUGUCAAGGCCGAAAGGGACAUUUUGGCAGAGGCCGAUAAUGAGUGGGUCGUCAAGCUUUACUAUUCUUUCCAGGACCUGGAGAACCUCUAUUUCGUAAUGGAUUACAUCCCUGGCGGUGAUUUAAUGAGUUUAUUAAUUAAAAAAGAAAUUUUCGAAGAAGACCUAGCGAGGUUUUACAUCGCGGAGCUGACCUGCGCAGUGGAGUCGGUGCAUAAAAUGGGUUUUAUUCACCGUGACAUAAAACCGGAUAAUAUUUUAAUCGACCGCGAUGGACAUAUCAAACUCACGGAUUUCGGACUUUGUACUGGAUUCAGAUGGACUCAUAAUUCGAAAUAUUAUUCUAAUUGUGAUGGCGGCUGCGACGGGCAACAGCAACAGCAGGGCGAAGAGCAGCAGUGGUUCACCUGCUCCUGCACCCCCACCAACACCACCCCCACUGGCACCACGACUACGACUUCGCCCCCACCCACCCCCCAAAAACCCCUCGAAGCUCGUUUGGCCCGAGCCAAGCUCCACCCGCGUUGUUUAGCCCACUCGGUGGUAGGAACGCCGAACUACAUCGCGCCGGAAGUGCUCAUGCGCAUUGGUUACUCGCAGCUGUGCGACUGGUGGUCGGUGGGCGUGAUUUUGUACGAGAUGCUGGUGGGCCAGCCGCCCUUCCUCGCACCCACCCCCGCAGAAACACAGUACAAAGUGAUCCACUGGGAGAGGACGCUCAGGGUCCCCCGCGUCGGGGCCAACGGGGAAAAAGUCGGAGGCGUCGCCAAAGAUCUCAUCCUUAAAUUAUGCACCGAUCACGGGAGGAGACUCGGGAAGAAUGGGGCCAGGGAGGUGAAGGCCCACCCCUUCUUCACGAACAUCCGACGAACCACGGCGCCGUACAUCCCGAGAAUCACCCACCCCACGGACACGUCAAACUUCGACCCCUGUGACGACCAAAGCCAUCAAGAUUUGGGUGGGAAUAUCGGAGGCGGCGAGGGCGGUGGUUAUCACGGAUUUUAUGAGUUCACUUUUAGGAGAUUCUUUGACGAUGCGUACAGUUUAGGGGGGAUUACCCAGGGGGGUGUGGGACAAGGAGGGGAUCAAAAUCAAGGCCCCGUUUAUGUUUAGUUUUAUGUGUUGAAAUAAAUUCGUCGCGUUGCCACGGAAAUUUUUAAAAAGUUUGUUUUUAUUAAUUAAUAAAAAAAAGAAAUUACCAGAAGGACUAGACAUUUAUAAAAGCACACGCGUAGUAGUAACAACAAUACCAUCACCAUAACAACGAUUUACAAAAAAAAAAAGAUAUG